AUGGAUGCCGAUGUCGAUGCGAUCGAAACUGAUGAUGAUGGUGACGACGAUGCUGGUAUAUUUAGCAUCGCCAAUGACCGCCAAAGUAAGGAAGAAGAUACCCUCAGCGGUGAAGACAACGUUCUUUCAGCAGUUCACACGAAGCUCACUGCUGUUGAUUAG